UUCACUAAGUGUCAGCUGAUCGAUUCCGAGACAUUUGUGUUCCUGUUUGGAGCAAAGGAAAAGUUAAGAAAAAAUAUGAUAAAACUGCUUGAAAAAUUACCCAGAACGGAAUGCCCAAAAUUUCUUCACAGAGUAAUAGAUGGUGUGUGUGGGCGAGAUCCUCCUCGACUGCAUGACUACAGCAGUGUUUGGAGCUUGAGGGAAUGGCUGGAGUUAGUCGAUACACUUUCUUCAAUAUUCAGAACAGCGAUUGGAAAGAAAAUGUCUGACGAGGAGGUGCAGCAAUCAAUAAACUGGCUUGACAUCGGCUAUCAAGAAGCAAUUCUGACUUGCCUGAAGGGCAGAAAGGAGGAAAUCCGACAAGCAUUGGUUGAAAAAACAAAUGCAAUUUCUUCAACACAGCUGCAGGACUUUGACUGGCAGAUAAAGUUGGCGCUGUCAAGUGAUAAGAUCUCAUCACUGCAGAUACCGCUGCUCAACCUUGAUUUGGACACCAAAGAGAAUGGAGUUCUUAAGCCUCUGUCCAUAGAAAUGAAUCGGGAGGAGCUGCAGAACUUAAUAAACUCAUUGGAGUCAGCAAACAAGGUCGUACUGCAACUGAAAUGAGAGGAGAUAAAGGUAAUCAACAGUAUCUAUCUCUGUGACAUUUCAAAAAGAAACUGUAAGCAGAAGAGAAGCCCAUGCUGACAGCUGAGGAAAGGAGGAGAGUGAUGACACUGUUAGGGCUCUGAAGAAGCAAAGCGCAGUUCACUGAGAUCCAAGGAUGUGUGGCAUGAUGAAGAUCUGUCUACAGGAAAAUAAAUCAAUAUUAUUGACACAUGGGGCCAAUCCAUAAAAUAAUUUCAAGCUUUUCAUAAUAAACGCCACUAUGUGUAA